AAAGAAAAGGUCAUCAAACUACUUCCACCAACCUCAUCAAAUUCUUUUAUAAAUCCCAAAAAUCUUCAAUCGCUUCCCACCUGUCCUCACCAUUUUCCCCAUUUGCCACUCUUCUUUUCUCCUCCUUCAAAAAACAUGGAUGCAGUUAGCACUUGGGGCAACUCCUCCCUGGAAUCCGUCGACCCCGAAAUCCACGACCUCAUCGAGAAGGAGAAACGUCGCCAAUGCCGCGGCAUCGAGCUCAUCGCUUCAGAAAACUUCACUUCGUUCGCCGUAAUUGAAGCCCUCGGCAGUGCUCUCACCAAUAAAUACUCCGAGGGCAUGCCCGGGAACCGUUAUUACGGAGGCAAUGAGUUCAUUGAUGAGAUCGAGAAUCUCUGUAGAGCUCGUGCUCUACAGGCUUUUCAUCUCGAUCCCACCCAGUGGGGUGUCAAUGUACAGCCUUACUCUGGUUCACCGGCAAACUUUGCCGCUUACACGGCUGUUCUCCAACCCCAUGACAGGAUCAUGGGGCUGGAUUUACCCUCUGGCGGUCACUUGACUCACGGGUAUUAUACCUCCGGAGGGAAGAAGAUUUCUGCUACUUCUAUUUACUUUGAGAGUUUGCCUUAUAAGGUGAACUCGAGUACUGGGUACAUUGACUACGAUAAGUUGGAAGAGAAGGCCAUGGAUUUCAGGCCCAAACUUAUCAUUUGCGGUGGGAGUGCGUAUCCGAGGGACUGGGAUUACGGCAGGUUCAGGGCCGUGGCGGAUAAGUGUGGUGCUCUCUUAUUGUGUGAUAUGGCUCACAUUAGUGGCCUUGUUGCUGCUCAGGAGGCGGCAAACCCUUUUGAGUUCUGUGACAUAGUCACAACCACCACCCACAAGAGCUUGAGGGGUCCUAGGGCUGGUAUGAUAUUCUACCGCAAGGGACCAAAGCCACCAAAGAAGGGCCAACCAGAAGGUGCAGUGUAUGACUUCGAAGACAAGAUCAACUUUGCUGUUUUCCCAUCCCUUCAGGGUGGUCCCCACAAUCACCAGAUUGGUGCUCUUGCUGUUGCCUUGAAACAAGCCAUGUCACCUGGAUUCAAGGCUUAUGCUAAACAAGUUAAGGCCAAUGCCGUUGCCCUUGGAAACUACCUUAUCAGCAAGGGAUACCGGCUUGUUACUGGUGGAACUGAAAAUCACCUUGUCCUUUGGGAUCUCCGACCUCUUGGAUUGACUGGCAACAAGGUCGAGAAGCUUUGUGAUCUGUGCAACAUCACUGUCAACAAGAAUGCUGUAUUCGGUGACAGCAGUGCCUUGGCUCCUGGAGGAGUACGAAUUGGUACGCCUGCCAUGACUUCAAGAGGUUUGGUUGAGAAGGACUUUGAACAGAUAGGAGAGUUCCUCCACCGUGCUGUGACCAUCACGUUGAAUAUCCAAAAGCAGUAUGGAAAGCUUUUGAAGGACUUCAAUAAAGGUUUGGACAACAACAAGGAUAUUGAAGAGCUCAAGACCGAUGUUGAGAAGUUUUCAUCCUCAUUUGAAAUGCCUGGCUUCCAGAUGUCUGAAAUGAAGUACAAGGAUUAGAUCUAAAUACCAUUCAUUCUUAUUGCUGUCGUUAUCAGCAUCCGGGUAUUUUGACAAUUUGCUUCAGUUGAUGUCCAAUGAGUGGAAAAAAGAAAGGGAAAAGAAAAUGAAACAAAUGCUUCCAUUUGUGGUUUUCAUUGUCUUAGGUUAGUGGUGAAUUAGAUAUGAUUUUUAAGUUUUUGCUGUCCCUAUCUUAUAACUAUACUUUGCAUAACACUUAUGUACCGAUUUUACGUAUCCUUUUUGGUUGCUGGA